ACAUUAUCCGUAUACGUUCUUUCGUAAGCUGAGAUUCACUCUCACGCCACAUAAACUCAAAAAGCCACGUAAACAUCAUUACUAUCCAUCCACAACUUGAUGUGUGUUAAGUAAGACUAUUUCAAUAAAUAAAUAAAUAAAUAUAUAUAUAUAUAUAUAUAUAUAUAUAUACGCCUCUCUACUCACAUCUAGAGCAUGAGAAACUUAAAAAAAAAAACAAAAGAAACAAUAUUGGUUAUUUCUCUCUCUCAAUCUCGCUCUUUCUUCUCAUUUUGACUCUCUUCACUUCUUUUUGAUCCCUAAAUGGAACACGAGAGCAAGACCAAAAUGGAUGGGAUAGAGAUGGAGAAAGGAAAAAAAGAGAAUGGGUCGAGAAAAGGAGUUGAGAUAACGAUGAGAGUGCUGGCUUUGGUCCUAACAAUGGUAGCUGCGACAGUACUUGGUGUCGCAAAACAAACAGAGGUUGUACCGAUAAAGCUUAUUCCUACUUUGCCUCCUCUUAAUGUCGCUACAACCGCCAAAGCCUCUUACUUGUCUGCUUUUGUGUACAACAUUUGUGCAAACGCGAUAGCUUGCGGUUACACAGCGAUCUCGAUAAUGAUUGUAAUAAUCAGCAAAGGCAGAAGAAGCAAAUGUUUGUUAAUGGCAGUAUUGAUAGGAGAUCUUAUGAUGGUGGCUUUACUAUGUUCCAGCACCGGAGCCGCCGGAGCAAUCGGGCUAAUGGGUAGGCAUGGGAACAAACAUGUUAUGUGGAAGAAAGUUUGUGGAGUGUUUGGCAAAUUCUGUAACCAAGCUGCUGUUUCUGUUGCUAUCACUCUUAUUGCUUCAGUUGUGUUUAUGCUUCUUGUUGUUCUUGAUGCUUUGAAGCUUCCUUAAUUUCUUAAGUAAACCCUUUUAACCAGAAAAACACAGAACAAAUUUUCUUUCUUAAUUUGCAUGUUUCUAUUUCUUGUCGUUUUGUGUUAUGUGAAGUCAUUACUCAUUAUCAUCAAUUAUGUAAUUGUCUAUUUGUUUUUUUAACGUUUUAAAUUCCAUUGUCUA